CUUUUUACCUAUAUAACUUCAGCAGAUUUUUAAAUCAAAAUGCAAAAUUUCGAGAGCUGAUCAAUUGUUGGAAUAAAAAUUGUGAUACUGAAGUAUUCUUUUGUCGACAGCUGAAUCCUGUAAUAGAAGGGACAAUCAUAUUGGUAUUUGCUGGUUAAAAAAAAAAUCCUUUUUUUAAUCGAAAAAUGUAAAAGAUUUAAAGUCAACAAAAUUUGUCGUCGUUAAACCGGUAUCUCGUCGCCGAAUUAAAAAUUUGAAACUGUCGUUUUCUAAAAGAAUUUUUUAUGAUUCGUUCUAUUUUUGAUGCUAAAUACAUUAAUGUGACCCAGUAUGAUAUAUUACGGUAACGAUAUUUAAUCGGCCACAGAUUUCAAAAAAAUCAGUGGCUCAGUCUUUAUUUGUUAUACAAAUUAUAGCAAUAGGACCCAUUUCCGUUAUAUUGACAUGUACUAGAUUGUAACAAUUAUCACCAAGCAUCACUAGGUGCCAUCAAACUGAGAAAUGUAUAAUUUUUACCAGUUGAUAUUUGAAUAUUGUUAAUAGCUGAAAACAGCUGCUCUAGAUUAUUUUGUGUUGUUUUUUUUCACCCUUAAUUUUUAAAAUGUGUUAUAUAGUGUUUUACAGUUUUGUUGUUUUAUUUUUUUCCUUAAAUGGCAUUUAUUGUACCACCACAGUGUUACCACCAUCAACUACAGAAACGAGGUUACCAAUCGCAACAACGCAAAAAACUCCGGCUUCAUCUGAAAAAUCUUUGUAUGAGAAAGGUCUUCGAGAUUACGACGAGGAACAACAAUCGAUCAGGCAAUCAAGAGGGAUGAUGAUGGACGAUAAUAUAAUUUAUCAUGAUGACCACCACCACGAGGAGCCAAAAAUGGAAAUGAAGGAAGAAUCAAAAGCAGCAGUCGCUGAUCCGUGGGAAGGAUAUUAUGAUUUUAUUAUUAAUGAAGGCAGUUUUAAAUUUUGGGCAGCUUUUCAGCUGGUCACUGCCGCCCUCCUUAUUUAUUCGGCGUUUGCUGCAGUCUACUAUGCAAAAUUCAACGUUAUAACGACAGAUUACGAUUAUUAUGACGAUUUUUAUGGAAGAGGUCGAGAAAACCCAGCAAAGCCAACAUUCUCAUGGGCCGGACUAUCAUCACAAACUUUUCAAAGAAUAAUGGAUGCGAUAUCGUCAAAAAAAUAUUCAUAGUAUUUAAGUAAGAAAAAAAUAUAAAAAAAAAAUAAAAUAACUACUUUAUUUGAAGUUCUUAUAUGUAUUAUAUUAA